GUCAACGGGAGGUGCAGGUGCUGGACACGGCGACAAUGGAUUGCCUGGUUCCUCGAAGUCUGAGGAGAAGGGUAAGAAAGCGAAGGAGGAGGAGGAGGAGGAGGAGGAGGAGGAGGAGGAGAGGGGAGGAAGAGGAAGGGGUCUAGACUCCCUCCUGACCACUGGCGGCAGCUAGAGAAGGCCAACAAGCAGCGCCAAGGUGAUCAAUACGACCGGCAAUGCAGUCCAAUGUCCGGCCGGAUGUGGAAGAAGGGGAAGGAGGAGGAGGAGGAGGAGGAGGAGGAGGAGGGGAGGCAUAGGAAGUGGGCUAGACCUCCACAGGGACAGCCCCCUCCCCACGCAGAGCAGCACAUUCCGACUUCUACCAGUCCUUUAAUGGAUUUGUUCCUUAGCUUCCAUCGAUUGACUCAGUUUGACGAAUUAUUGGACCAGCGGAUUGUGAUCAGCGAGAGACGAAGCAGGGGUACUGUGUACGACGGGAACGACUGGAAGAAGCAUCGGUCUAGCAGGAGGCAUUGCGACAGCCUCAAGUCGAUGAUGAGCUCACGCGAUGUGCUGGGGGUGGCACGGCCGGUCUUCCUGAUGACGAUGGUGGCGAUGGUGGUGGCAACGUGGAACGAGCUGGUGCAGAUCGGCUUGCUGCCACGCUGGAUGCCCAUCUUGCAGGCCGCUCCGAUCACCUUGCAGUUGACGUCAGCAUCGCUAGCUCUGCUGCUGGUCUUCAGGACGAACGCUGCCUACGCCAGAUUCGAUGAGGCACGGAGAACGUGGGGAGGGUUCAUUGGGAGAGUGAGGGACUUAACCCGCCAAGCGUUGGCGUGGGAGGAGGAGGUGGAGGGCUCUGACGACUGCAAUCGCUCGAUGGAAGAGGAGAGAAGGGGGGGUAGGGGGAGGGGGAGGGGGCUGUUACUUAGGCAUUUCGCAGCCUAUGCAGUGGUGAUGAAGUACCAUUUCCGUCAUCAACCUGAUGGGGAUCUCGGCGCAGAGCUGAGGGAGGUCCUCCCUCCAAGGGAGAUAAUACACAUGCUGAACGAGCUGAUCACCAUGUCCAGGAUGUCAGAAGGACGCAAGUCCUUGAUGCACCCCCACAUCAGCGGCUUGAUCGACAGUUUCGGCGGGUGUGAACGCAUCUUCUCCACCCCUAUCCCCCUCCCUUACACCAGGAUGACGUCCCGGUUCAUGAUGGUGUGGCACUUCCUGUUCCCUAUCUCCCUCUGGCGUGAAUGCGGGUGGGGUGUGAUUCCCGCUACCUUCUUCAGUGCGUUAGCACUUUUCCUAAUCGAGGAAGUGGGGGUCUACACCGAAGAGCCCUUCCACCUGCUUGCCCUCGAGGCGAUGUGCGACCAAGUCAAGCAAGUUCUCAUCAACCUCGUCGAUGCAGACUGCUACUUCCACAGACAGUUCAUCCGAAGCCGGGACUUGUCCACGACGACGAAGCAGCGGCAGGCCCAUGCCGCUAGAAGAAAGUCCGUUUCCUCUCUCUUCAUUCCCGGUGAUCUCAACACCAGCAAUCGCUCUUCAGCCUACCCUACUCCCCGCGUUUCUGUGUCAUCCUCCCCCUCUUUACUCCUCUCCCAACGAAGAGGAGGAAAAGGAGGAGGAGGAGGAGAGCGUGGGUAACAAGUCGCUUCUGGACUCGCCCCCUGCCAUGCCAUUUCUUUGCAUCACCGACUGCAAUCGCCCUCUCCUUCUUCUUCUACUCCUCCGCCGCAGCCGCAGUCCUCCACAGCUAUGGGACCAAGACAUGGGGCCAGAUCCCACUAGCCCCUAUUGUUCAUUUCUGACCGUUGAUCUUCGUAAUCGAGGGUGAAAAAUGAAUAAUCCAGGGUAGU